GCCCGGUGUGGGAAGGGCUAGCUGGAAUGAAAGGAGAACUGUUUCUAGGCUGGGGAAUCACCUUGCAGAACCGCCUCCAUGUUUGGGGUGUUCGUGUUCUCUCACUUCCCUGGGCUAUAGGAAUCGCUGAGGCAGGACUCUGCAGCUGAAGCAGAUAAAACAGAUUGCUUGGUCGGAAAUAGAAAAGCAGCGGCAGUGUUGUGCUGGAUUUCCAGACCCUGCUCACCAUGGAACCCAUAACGUUCACGGCGAGGAGACAGCUGUCUCCUGACGAGGUCUCGGUGGGCUUCAGCCUGCAACUGGUGGGCUCCCUGCCGGUGCACUCCCUGACGACCAUGCCCAUGCUGCCCUGGGUGGUGGCGGAGGUGCGCAGGCUCAGCGGGCAGUCGGCCAGAAAGGAGCCCGGGGGCAAGCAGGUCCGGCUCUGCGUGUCACCCUCCGGCUUGCGUUGUGAACCUGAGCCCGGGAAGAGUCAGCAGUGGGAUCCGUUGAUCUGUUCCAGCAUCUUCGAGUGCAAGCCUCAGCACGUGCACAAACUCAUCCACAACAGCCACGACCCCAGCUACUUUGCGUGUCUGAUUAAGGACAAUGCCGUCCCCCAGCACAGCAUCUGCCACGUGUUCAAAGCCGAUGACCAAACAAAAGUGCCUGAGAUCAUCAGCUCCAUCCGCCAGGCAGGGAAGAUCGCCCGCCAGGAGGAGCUGCACUGCCCGUCCGAGUUCGACGACACGUUCGCCAAGAAGUUUGAGGUGCUCUUCUGCGGCCGGGUGACCGUGGCUCACAAGAAGGCCCCACCGGCCUUGAUUGACGAGUGCAUCGAGAAGUUCAACCACGUCAGCAGCCGCAGCAGGGCAGACUGGGACUCGCCCACGCAGGGGGCAGACGCUGCGGGGCCCCAGGGGACCCCGACCCUGCCGGCUCGGCGGCCCCGGAUAGCCCCGGAGCCAGGCGCACGGCCCAUGCGCAAAUCCUUCUCGCAGCCCGGCCUGCGCUCGCUGGCCUUCCGCAAGGAGUUCCAGGACAGCGGCCUCCGCGGUGCGCGCUUCUUCAGCUCCUUCGAGGAGAACGACAUCGAGAGCCACCUGAUCGGCGGCCACGACGUGGUGCAGCCCACAGACAUGGAGGAAAAUCGAACGAUGCUCUUCACGAUUGGCCAGUCGGAAGUUUACCUCAUCAGUCCCGACACCAAAAAAAUCGCAUUGGAGAAGAAUUUUAAGGAGAUAUCAUUUUGCUCUCAGGGCAUCCGCCAUGUGGACCACUUUGGCUUCAUCUGCCGGGAGUGUUCGGGAGGCGGCGGCUUUCACUUCGUCUGUUAUGUGUUCCAGUGUGCCAACGAAGCUCUGGUCGAUGAAAUCAUGAUGACCCUGAAACAAGCUUUCACGGUGGCCGCGGUGCAGCAGACAGCCAAGGCGCCGGCCCAGCUCUGUGAGGGCUGCCCCCUGCAGGGCCUGCACAAGCUCUGCGAGAGGAUAGAGGGAAUGAAUCCUUCUAAAACCAAACUUGAACUGCAAAAGCACCUGACCACACUAACCAACCAGGAGCAAGCCACGAUUUUCGAGGAGGUUCAGAAACUGAGACCCAGAAAUGAGCAGCGAGAGAAUGAGUUGAUUAUUUCUUUUCUGAGAUGUUUAUAUGAAGAGAAGCAGAAAGAACACGUCCACGUUGGGGAGAUGAAACAGGCAUCGCAGAUUGCACCAGAGAAUAUUGGAAGUGAAUUGGCACCCAGUGCCACGCGAUUUCGGCUAGAUAUGUUGAAAAACAAAGCAAAGCGAUCUUUAACAGAGUCUUUAGAAAGUAUUUUGUCUCGGGGUAAUAAGGCCCGAGGGCUGCAGGAACCUUCUGCCAGCGUGGAUCUGGACAGCUCUGCGUCUAGUACUUUAAGUAACACCAGCAAAGAGCCAUCCGUGUGUGAAAAGGAGGCCCUGUCCGUCUCGGAGAGCUCCUUCAAGCUCCUUGGCUCCUCAGAUGACCUGUCCAGUGACGUGGAGGGCCAAUCAGCAGAGCCGGCUCCACUUUCGCCCCAGCAGGCCUUCAGGAGGCGAGCGAACACCCUGAGUCACCUCCCUCUGGAUUGCCAGCAACCUCCGGAACCUGCCCAGGGGUCUCCAGGGGUCUCUCAACGGAAGCUUAUGAGGUAUCACUCAGUGAGCACAGAGACGCCUCAUGAACGAAACGUGGACCAGCCACCCGUGGGCGUGGGCGAGGCUAAGAGUGGCUCAGGUCAGUCUUCAGCUCCUGCUACUCCACCUCGUCUUAACCCCUCCGCCUCCUCGCCCAACUUUUUUAAGUACCUAAAACAUAAUUCCAGUGGGGAACAGAGCGGAAAUACUGUGCCGAAGAGCAUCUCCUACCGUAAUGCCCUGAGGAAAAAACUUCAUUCUUCUUCCUCUGUGCCAAAUUUUCUAAAAUUUCUGGCUCCUGUAGAUGAAAAUAACACCUCUGACUUUAUGAACACAAAAAGGGACUUUGAAUCCAAAGCACACCAUGUCGGUGACUCUGGCGGGACCGGGACGCCCGUGAAGACCCGGAGGCAUUCAUGGAGGCAGCAGAUCUUCCUCCGAGUGGCCACCCCACAAAAAUCCUGCGACUCUCCCCGCAGAUAUGAAGAUUACUCAGAGCUGGGAGAGCUUCCCCCACGCUCUCCUUUGGAACCAGUUUGUGAAGACGGACCGUUCGGCCCUGUGCCAGAGGAAAGGAAGAGGACGUCGCGUGAGCUUCGAGAGCUGUGGCGGAAGGCUAUUCUCCAGCAGAUCCUGCUGCUCAGGAUGGAGAAGGAGAAUCAGAAACUGCAAGCCUCAGAAAAUGAUUUGCUGAAUAAGCGCCUGAAGCUCGAUUAUGAAGAAAUCACUCCUUGUCUUAAGGAAGUAACUACAGUGUGGGAAAAGAUGCUUAGCACUCCUGGAAGAUCAAAAAUUAAGUUUGACAUGGAAAAAAUGCACUCGGCUGUUGGGCAAGGUGUACCGCGUCAUCAUCGGGGUGAAAUCUGGAAAUUUCUCGCUGAGCAGUUCCACCUUAAACACCCAUUUCCCAGUAAACAGCAGCCAAAGGACGUGCCCUACAAAGGACUCCUGAAGCAGCUCACCUCCCAGCAGCACGCGAUCCUCAUUGACCUCGGGCGGACCUUUCCAACACACCCGUACUUCUCUGCGCAGCUUGGAGCGGGGCAGCUCUCUCUCUACAACAUCCUGAAGGCCUACUCCCUUCUGGACCAGGAAGUAGGCUACUGCCAGGGUCUCAGCUUCGUGGCCGGCAUUUUGCUUCUUCACAUGAGCGAGGAAGAGGCGUUUAAAAUGCUCAAGUUCCUGAUGUUUGACAUGGGACUGCGGAAACAGUAUCGGCCGGACAUGAUUAUUUUGCAGAUACAGAUGUACCAGCUCUCGCGACUCCUGCACGAUUACCACCGAGACCUCUACAACCACCUGGAGGAGCACGAGAUCGGCCCCAGCCUCUACGCUGCCCCCUGGUUUCUUACCGUGUUUGCCUCACAGUUCCCGCUGGGAUUCGUAGCCAGAGUCUUUGAUAUGAUCUUUCUUCAGGGAUCAGAGGUCAUAUUUAAAGUGGCUUUAAGUCUGUUGGGAAGCCAUAAGCCCUUGAUUCUGCAGCAUGAAAAUCUAGAAACCAUAGUUGACUUUAUAAAAAAUACACUACCCAACCUGGGCUUGGUACAAAUGGAAAAGACCAUCAAUCAGGUGUUUGAGAUGGACAUCGCUAAACAGUUACAAGCAUAUGAGGUUGAGUAUCACGUGCUUCAAGAAGAACUUAUCGAUUCCUCUCCUCUCAGCGACAACCAAAGAAUGGAUAAAUUAGAGAAAACCAACAGCAGCUUACGCAAACAGAACCUUGACCUCCUUGAACAAUUGCAGGUGGCAAACAGUAAGAUCCAGAGCCUCGAGGCCACGGUGGAGAAGCUCCUGACCAGCGAGAGCAAGCUGAAGCAGGCGGUCCUUGCCUUAGAGCUGGAGCGCUCCGCCCUGCUGCAGGAGGCCGAGGAGCUGCGCGGGCAGGCUGCAGGACCGAGCAGGCUGCAGCCCGGCUGUGUGCAGCCGCAGCCCGCAGGCGACUGAUGGCUCGCAGGAGAGAUGCGACCCUAUCCCGACACUGUCCAGGCCUUAACUGAGGGAGACAGGAGAUGAUGAAAGGAGAGGAGGAAGCGUGACGCGUGCUUCUCAGGGAGGAGACGGGCUCGUCGGCAUGCACGUUCUUGAACUCAGACCUGCAGUUCAGGGGCACACGGCCGCUGCGUGUGUGGUCGUGUUAGGUUCUAAGUCGUCCUCUUUCCAGUCCCGAUUACUGUGCUCGGUAGCUCUAGAUGGCAUGGACUAAAUAAAUACACCUGUAUGUUUUUCUCGGUAUCACUGUGUUUGCGAAGGGUAUUCAUCGGAGGUGGAAGCUGGAACAGCUCAGGGUGGCCGCUCAGGCCAGGUGUGGGUCAGAGAGGGUCCGUGUGACGGCUCGCUCCGUGUCACUGGCGAAGUGC